AUGGCUGUUCAUGUUGGUGCAGUUAGCCUGGAAGAGAAAUGGAAGAACUAUCAAUAUUUGCUGACCUUAUACUUUGCCAUUGAGGAGCUCAAUAAAGAUGCACACCUGCUUCCCAAUGUGACCUUGGGUUUCCACCUCUACAACGCUUUUGACUAUCACUACAGAACCUUAGAAGGACCUCUGAUGUGGCUGUCUGGAAGGAGUGAGUUUAUCCCUAACUACAAAUGCAAAACUCAACACAAAGCUCUUGCAAUCAUUGCAGGAGUCAGGCCUGAAUUUUCUGCUGCAAUUGGAACACUUUUGGAACUCUACAAAAUUCCACAAGUCUCAUAUGGAAAUUUUGAUUCUGCACUAACUGACAAAGAUACAUUCCCAUCCCUUUACCAAACGUCUCCAAAAGACACAGCAUUAAUCCAAGGUGUAAUCUCUUUAUUGCUGCACUUUUCCUGGAAAUGGGUGGGUCUCAUUGUGUCUGAUGAUGUAAAAGGUAAGGAGUUCAUCUCUGACUUGAAAGCGGAGAUGGCAUCAGAAGAUAUCUGUGUAGCUUUUACACUUCAUCCAUUCCUGAGAAAAAUUCAAUUUACAAGCACUGAUGGAGAACAAAUAUGCUUUGAUGAGAACAAGAAUCAUGUAGAAAAAUAUGAUAUACAAAAUUUUAUGGUACAUACUAAUCAUUAUACAUUUCUAGUUAAAGUAGGAGAGUUUGUCUCCAAGAGUCCACAAGAUCAAGGCUUGUUUAUCAAUGAAGUUAUGAUCAAAUGGCCAAGCCACUACAAUCAGACUCCUCAAUCUGUAUGUACACAGAGUUGUGGUCCAGGUUUCUGGAAAAGUCUAGAAAAAGACAGACCUAUCUGUUGUUUUUCUUGUGUGUUUUGUCCAGAGAGACACGUUUCCAAUCAAACAGAUCAGCAGGAGUGUAUCCCUUGCCCAAUUCAAGAGUACCCAAACCCUGAGAGAAACAGCUGCUUGCCCAAGUCAGUGACAUUCCUGUCCUUUGAUGACUCUCUGGGCAUGGCUCUGGCCUGCACAGCUCUGUGCUUGUCUGUCAGCACAGUUGUAGUUUUUGGAAUCUUUCUCAAGCACCAAGACUCACCCAUCGUGAAGGCCAAUAAUCGGACUCUCAGCUUCAUCCUGCUCAUCUCCCUCCUCCUCUGCUUCCUGUGCCCAUUUCUCUUCGUUGGCCAGCCAAACACGGCCUCCUGCAUAUUGCAACAAAUUACAUUUGCUCUGGUGUUCACUCUGGCUCUUUCCACUGUUUUGACAAAAACUAUAACUGUAAUUCUGGCCUUUAGAGCCACGGCACCAGGAAAAACAAUGAGAAGGCUCUUUGUCUCAGGCUUCUAUAAUUCUGUCAUCCCCAUCUGUAUCCUGAUCCAGCUUAUUCUCCUUGCAAUCUGGCUGGGAAUCUCGCCUCCAUAUAUUGAAGUGGAUGCAUACUCUGAACAUGGUCACAUCAUCAUUUUGUGCAACAAGGGUUCAGUCACUGCUUUCUAUUGUGUGUUGGCAUACUUGGGGAUCCUGGCCCUAGUGAGCUUCUCUGUUGCUUUUCUGGCUAGGAACCUGCCUGAUACCUUCAAUGAAGCCAAAUUUCUGACAUUCAGCAUGCUGGUGUUCUGCAGUGUCUGGGUCACCUUCCUCCCUGUCUACCACAGCACCAAGGACAGGACCAUGGUGGCUGUAGAAGUCUUCUCCAUCUUGGUAUCCACUGCAGGGCUGCUAGGGUGCAUCUUUUUUCCAAAGUGCUACAUAAUACUUCUAAGAUCUGAUAAGAACUCUUUGAAAAGUUUUAAGAACAAAACACAAUCUAGGAAAAACUGA